GCUACGGAAAGAGGGAGGAGACUGCCGCGGCGACAGCAGGGACUGGUGGAAUCCCGAUGUGGCUGAGGGGCCCCCACCGCCAGCAGGGAGGCGGAGGGCUAGCGAGCCAAGCGGUGGGGACGCCGCUGCCUUCCUCUUUGCCUGCCUUGCCGCCCUCCUAGACACGCUCCUCAUCUACGGAUCCUACCCUCCCAGCUCUUGCAAGCAUUCACUCGGCCGGUCGCCUGCUGACCCUCCUUCGCCACAGGCUCGUAGCGGAGGCAGCAGUGAGGUGUCCGAUUUGGGCACGUGAGGCCCGCGAUCCCCGGCGGUGGACGCCAGGCAGGGCAAGGCCAUUAGUGGGCGCCAGAAUGGAGAGGGGGAUGGGAAGGAAUCCAGCAGGAGACAUGGGGUGGAGGUGGGCGCCAGGCAAGGGUGGGGUGGGGGAGUGCGGUGGACGACAGGGAACGGGGGUAGGAACGGGAGCCAGACAAGGAUUUGAAGCAGGCAUGAAGACCCCCAACGCACAGGAAGCCGAAGGGCAACAAACCAGGGCAGCUGCAGGACGGGCCACUGGGUCUGCAAACAUGACAAAGAAAAAAGUCUCCCAAAAGAAGCAGAGAGGCAGACCUUCAUCCCAGCCCCGCAGGAACAUCGUGGGCUGCAGAAUUUCUCAUGGAUGGAAGGAAGGAGAUGAGCCCAUCACGCAGUGGAAAGGAACCGUUCUGGAUCAGGUGCCUAUAAAUCCCUCUCUUUAUCUGGUGAAAUAUGAUGGAAUUGACUGUGUCUAUGGACUGGAACUUCACAGAGAUGAAAGGGUUUUGUCUCUUAAAAUUCUUUCUGACAGGGUGGCAUCAUCUCACAUUAGUGAUGCCAACCUUGCAAAUACCAUAAUUGGCAAAGCAGUGGAACACAUGUUUGAGGGAGAGCAUGGUUCUAAGGAUGAAUGGAGGGGGAUGGUCUUAGCUCAAGCACCUAUCAUGAAAGCCUGGUUUUAUAUUACCUAUGAGAAAGAUCCUGUCUUGUACAUGUACCAGCUUCUAGAUGAUUAUAAGGAAGGUGACCUCCGCAUCAUGCCAGAAUCCGGUGAGUCUCCUCCAACAGAGAGGGAGCCAGGAGGAGUUGUAGAUGGCCUAAUAGGUAAGCAUGUGGAAUAUACCAAAGAAGAUGGCUCCAAAAGGAUCGGCAUGGUCAUUCACCAAGUGGAAGCCAAACCCUCUGUGUAUUUCAUCAAGUUUGAUGAUGAUUUCCAUAUCUAUGUCUACGAUUUGGUGAAAAAGUCCUAACUGUUAGGGUAAAAUUUGGCACAUGUGUGGAAACAAAUGUAUAAUUUGUAGACAUGCAAAAAAUGUUGCCUUUCAGUGUAUUGAAAGCUUAUGGAAUCCCUGAUAACUAAACAUCUUUGCCAGCAUUAACUGUUGUUUUGCUCUAAAAAAUACAAACUUGUGUGUACAUGA